AUGUCUAAAAGGAUUAUUUCUUAUGAAGAGCAGUACAACAAAGUUUCAGUAGAAAGAAAUUCCCUUAAGCAACAGGUACGAUCGAAAGAUGAGAAAAUACGACAGCUUGAGCGUGAAAUAGAUUUGAAAGGCAAGGAAACGCAACAUCUUAAGAGCCAACUAGAUCUAAGCGAGAAGAAGGUACGAUCAAAAGAUGAGAAAAUACGACAGCUUGAGCGUGAAAUAGGUUGGCAAGGUAAGGAAACGCAACAUCUUAAGAGCCAUCUAGAUCUAAGCGAGAAGAAGGUACGAUCGAAAGAUGAGAAAAUACGACAGCUUGAGCGUGAAAUAGGUUGGCAAGGUAAGGAAACGCAACAUCUUAAGAGCCAUCUAGAUCUAAGCGAGAAGAAGGUACGAUCGAAAGAUGAGAAAAUACGACAGCUUGAGCGUGUACUAGAUUUAAAAGAUAAUGAAAUGAAACAUCUUAAGAGCCAACUAGAUAUAACGGAGAAGAAGUUUGACAGUUUGAGGAUAGCCAUUCACUUUGCUCGUACUCAUUUGAGCGACGCAGUUAAAAUGGCUGAUGAUCUUAUAUUUCAAAACAACAGGCAUUCUAUGGAGAAAGGAAUUCAAAGUUUGUUUACAGAAAAAGACCUCACUGGAGCAGAGCAAUCAAGAAAGAAUACUAGGAUGCAACCUAGGCCUGAUGAUUCUCACAGGGAAGUUCCAGCAGAAAGGGAUUCCAUUGUGAGCUUGAUAUCUCAUCAAGUUGAUGAGAAGGAAAUAAAGGAAUUGAGGACCAGGUAG